GUGGUAAUCUCAGGACGAGAUGCGCUGAGUAGUGGGGGCGAAGGCAGGGAACGGGGGGGAGGUGAGCUGAACUGUUACUCUCUUAAUGUAAUUAUUAUUUUUUUCUUUUCUUCAUCACCUCCCAUCGCAACCUGAGUGACUGUAAAAACGAAGGAUUGACCAUCAUUUCAAGUAGGCCUUCUAAAGGGAAACAAAAAUAGUAAAAUAUGGGAUUGGUUUAAUAAGUGAACAUGUGAGGAUGAAAAAAAAUAUUGGUUUCUGAAUUAGUGAUUCGCUCUAUCUAGGAAAACAUACCACUGAAUGAUGCUCAAGGAAACCGGCUUUAACUAAGCCUCUACUAAAGGAAACCGGCUUUAACUAAGUCUCUACUAAAGGACACUUUUAGAUACUUUGUAUAAAGAGACUGACACCAGUUUAACAUAGGAAAGGGAAUUUGUUUUUACUGUUAACCAUGGCAGAAGCAGCAAUAGCAGAACGACCUCCCCUGUCCAUUUGUAGUCGAUUAGGUUACUCUGUCGGCCACUUUCUCAAUGAUCUGUGUGCAUCCAUGUGGUUUACUUACCUUCUAGUUUAUUAUCACUCUGUACUGGGAUUUAAUAAUUCCUAUGCCGGAAUUCUGCUGAUGGUGGGGCAGAUCGCCGACGGAAUCUGUACGCCCCUCGUUGGCUACGAAUCGGACCAUUCAACCGGGUGCCACAGGUACGGCAAAAGGAAGUCUUGGCACCUUGUCGGGACCGUCAGUGUUUUGUUCUCCUUUCCAUUCAUAUUUAAUCCUGUUCUGGGGGCAGGACCUGAUGCACCACAGUGGGUGGGGCUUGUCUACUUCAUUCCUUUCAUUGUCAUCUUUCAGUUUGGCUGGGCAGCCACACAGAUCUCUCACCUGUCACUUAUUCCAGAGCUUGUAACCAAUGACCACGAGAAGGUGGAACUGACUGCCUACAGGUAUGCAUUUACAGUUAUUGCCAAUAUCACUGUGUAUGGUCUGGCGUGGUUGUUCUUUCACUUUGAAGUGGGGCACCCAGUCGUACACACAGUUGCACAUCUGGGGAGUAGUGAUGACCUUGGCAGAGAAGAUGUUACAGUCUUUCGAGUAUGUACAGUAAUGCUUCCAUCUUUCUCCCACAUAAAAUGCAGUACAUGUGUGUAUAUUAAUGUGAUGGUAAUGUGUACUCUUGAGGCAUUUAGCUUGCUGUUUUUUGCUCCUCUAGGUGAACUUAUUAUGGACUAACCUCACUGUCACUGC